AUGAGUGGCGCUGAUACCUCCUACCUGGGCAAUUCUCUUGACCAACCCGCCCGCAAACCUCGCUCAGUCCGGAAACCAAAGGCUAAGCGCUUCAGUAUUGGCAAGGGGGUCGUAAAGGAGGAGACUUCAGGCAGCGAGCUCAAGCUUGAGCGUUCUUUCGCCCCCGCCUUUGUGCGCAAGACCUCCUUCAAACCCGUUGAUCUCGCCAACUUUUCUCCCGACCACAGCUUUGCCCGCAGUAUUGAGACUGCGCCCGUCAAACACAAUCCUCUUUUUGACGGCGCUGUUUCCCCUCCGCUAACUGCACACGGCGACGAAGCGAGUCGGGCAGAUUUGGACACCAACGACGUCUUUGCUGCUGCCCCCGCCGAAGACAAUCCAGUGCACCUGAUUGACAUGGGUGACAUUGUGGUGCCUGAUGACCCCAUCUCUAAGCAAGGUGUUUUGGAGCUGAGAGAAAAGGCCAACUUUGGUCGCAAGAAAUGGGCCUUGCGCACUUGCACCCUCCAAGGGUGUAUUCUUGUCCUCUCCGUUCCCGAGCAAAAGGCUCAUCCGACCACACGUGUUUCAAUCGUUCUCACACAACAGACAGACGAUGUCGAGGAGCGUAUUGACUUGUCCACGGGCUGCAUUGCCGAAGCUCAAAGCAAUGGCACCGAAUUGCUUCUCUCGACGCCGUCGCGGCAGUAUACGUUUCGCGGCAAUGAAGCUGACGUGAAGGAUUGGGUGCUCCAACUGCGAGAAGGCAUGAAGAUGAAGCAGCGCAAGGUUAAGAUGCGUGUGUUGCAAGAAGUCGUCAUUCGAAAGCAACCCGAUCAGGCCUUGGGCGUUUCCAUCGCCGGUGGCAUCGACUCGCCCGAUCCCCUGAAGCGAGAAAUUUUCAUUAUCAACGUCGCUCCCGACGGCACCGCCGCUGCCCAAAAUGUCCUGAGCAAGGGGGAUGUGCUGGUUGAAUUUGGAGGCCACUCGCUUCGGAACGUGUCCCAUGCCAAGGCCGCUGAGCUGAUCCGACAGGCCUCGGGUGACAUUAACGUCAAGGUCUUGCGCCGCGUCAAGUCAAAAAAGUCACAGUUGCUUGCGCCUACCACCAUCGAAACAGCUGGGCCUGUGUCAUCCGCCCCCGUCCCAGCAAGUGAAGCUCCAGCACAACCUGUUGGCCCUUCCGAACCCGCUGCAGAAUCAACCAAUGCCGAGCCUGAUGCCAAUAUUGCCGUCGAGCCCGCGGCCCCGGCGCCCGAACCCGUUUCCGAGCCCGAGGCCCCGGCGCCCGGACCUGUACCCGAGCCUGUGGCCCCGGCGCCCGAAUCUGCCUCGGAAACUACCGAAGCAGAUGCAGAGCAGCAACGUCGAGAGCGACUCAAGCGCAUGUCAGAGAAACGCAAGCAAGCACGCCGCUCUCAGCAAGCUGAUAUCGAGGCUGCGCUGCGUUUGAUCGAUGAAUUGCCCGAAGAGUAA